CCCCUCUUUCCACCCUGUGAGGACUCUUCAUUCCAUUUCUUCCCAAUUUUCUCUCUCUAACCCUGUGAGAACUAUUCGAUUAGGGUUACAGAUCCACAUUCCUGGAGUGUCUUCAUGUAGUCUAGAUCUGAGCUACGGCAUUGUCGAGUUUGAUUCAAAAUAGGUUUUGUUUCAAGGGCACCAUGGCGGGUUUGUAUCUUACGAAUACAGAGCACUGUACAUUAACUGCAGAGGACAGAGAAAAAGCUUGGCAUAUCCUUGCAAUUUUGUUGAGUAUAGGUCGCCCUGUGCGUCCUGAAGAACUUGCUUUGAAAUGUGAAUUUUUGGGCGCAUCACCAGAGUUGGUUCGAUUCCUUUGUACAGUUCCUAGCUCACCUCUUCUUUUGAUGGAGAAUGGACUUGUUACAGCGUCCGCACCACCAGUUUUGCAGAUUGGAAGGAGGAUUUGUACCUUGAAAAGAUCAUGGAAUGGUGAUGUCAAGACAUACUUCAGAAAGCGGAAGGGAUCAGCAGUGGACUCCAUGCUGUGGUCAGUGUCCAAAAAGAGAUUGAAUCUGCCUUCUGAAAAUGCAGGUGAAAGCAGUCGGAACUUGUUGCAGGACCCAAAUGGGGGCCAAAACAACUUUCCCAAGGAAAAUGCUAUUACUGUGAUAAAAAAUAUGAAUUUUCUGCCAGUGGACCUGCCGUCCAGUGAAUGGAACUCACAAAAUUUGAAUGAAGAGUUAGCUGCGACUCCCUUGCUUCUUGACUCCAAUACUGAGAAUUCAAUUUUUUCUAUCAAAGAUGUUGACCAUGUGGAUGGCAAACAUGAAAAUGGUACAAAUGGAACUAUUUGUAAGGAUCUCAUGUGUUCUGAACAUACAUCCAAAUGCCUGAAUAACAUUUUCAACACUGGAACAGAUUUAAAUAUUCCCAAACUAAUACAAGAGGAAAGAGUUCUAGCAUGCAAGUCUGGUAUGGGUUCAGCUCUUCUGAUGAGUAAAUUUGGAAAUGCAGUAUCAUGCGAGGAAGCUCAUCACAUAGAAUUACGAAAUGAUUCAGGUGUAACUGCUACAUUUUGCCUUAAAGUAGACAAGCAGAACACUGCUUCAGCAGUGAAGGCUGGUAUGAGUUAUAUUCAUUCUUGUGAAGCUCCAAUGCAGUUAGUGAAAGAUACAAGAACCCAAGUGGAGAUCAAGGAAGGUGGUUUAGUCAAUUCUGGUACCUCUAAAGAAGAGAAGAAAAACCUUGAUCUUCUGGAGAAGGCUGCUAAAAAUGAUCAAGUACUAUCAAAAGAUUCUGAAUUACAAAACUCCAUAAAUAUAGUGAAUAUGGAGAGAGAACAAAGUAAGAAAGUUGAGAAUCAUGGAAUGUUUCCAUCAGAUGAAGGUUUUUCUGCUCAGGAGCACCCUACAAAAUCAUUUGUCAAUCUGAAGGCAGCACAGAAGAUUGUUUUACCUUCACAAUCACGAGUCCUCUUGGAGUCAAACUCUCCCAGACUGUCAGAUCAAUGUAAUAUUAGCCAGAAAGUUAUCUCCAUGAGCAAGAAGAUAAAGCAAAGUCAUAAGAAUAACAUGCAUGCUAAAGAAAAUAUUGCUGCUCCUGAGGACAUGUUGGAGAAAAAGAAAUUACCUCAUUUUGAAUCUUUUGUCAUAGAGGAAGAAGAAGGUUCAGGUGGUUAUGGCACUGUUUACAGGGCGCAGAGAAAGGAUAAUGGAAAACAAGUUGCUCUUAAAUGUCCCCAUGCUAAUGCUCAAACACAUUAUGUUUAUAAUGAGCUAAAAAUGCUUGAACGGUUUGGGGGUAGGAACUUCAUAAUAAAGUAUGAAGGCUCUUUCAAAGGCAAGACUGGUGAGUGCUUUGUUCUGGAGCAUGUUGAGCAUGACAGGCCUGAGGUUUUAAAGAGAGAAAUAGAUGUAUUUCAGCUUCAGUGGUAUGGAUAUUGCAUGUUUAAAGCCCUUGCAUACCUACACAGGCAGGGAGUAGUACAUAGAGAUGUGAAGCCUGGCAACUUCCUUUUCUCUCGGAAGCUGAACAAAGGUUACCUCAUUGAUUUUAAUCUAGCCCUGGAUUUGCAGCGAAAGUAUGCCAGUGGAAGUAAAUCAAAAUCAAGCUUUGAUCAUGUUCCUCUACCCCUCUCAAAAUCUUCUCCAUCAACCGAAGAUAAGAAGUUCAUGAGGGGUAAAUUUGAAGGAAUUGUAGGCUCCAAGGCAACUCUUGAACCUAACAACAUGAAGAAGAUGGCUAAUGCUGAUCCAUUAAAGACUCAUCCUGACUUUGGUGGUAGGAACAUAUUUAGAAGCCAAGGCGCAGAUGGCUCAGGUAUUACCUCCACGAAGGAUGUGACAAGUACUAGGACUCCUUCUGCAGAAAGGCUGAGGGAGCCCCUACCAUCUUUGGGAAGGAAGGAGCUGAUUAGCCUGGCACAGCAUGCAAUGCAAGGUCCAAAUCAAGAUGCCAUAAAUAUUCCUUCUAGUCAAAGGAAAAGGGUUGCUGCUCCAGGCAAGGUGGACGAAAAAAUUGUUUAUCUGAGUCCAAUGCCCCUGCACUCUAUGGGUGUUGCUGUCACUGGUGCUGGUUUAAUGAGAAGCAAAGGGGAUGGAAAACAUAAAAAGGAAGGUCCUUGUGUUGGAACCAAGGGUUUCCGGGCUCCAGAGGUUUUGUUCAGAUCUCUACAUCAAGGCUCCAAGGUUGAUAUCUGGUCAGCUGGGGUUACUCUACUUUAUCUAAUGGUUGGAAGAUCCCCAUUUGUUGGAGAUCCUAAACAGAAUAUAAAGGACAUUAUGAAGUUGAGGGGAAGUGAAGAUCUAUGGGAGGUGGCCAAGCUACACAAUCGUGAAUCGUCAUUUCCAGUGGAAUUGUUUGACAUACAGUUCUUGCCAUCGGUGGAAUUAAAGCACUGGUGUAAGCUUAACACAAAAAGGCCAGAAUUCUUCAAACUCAUACCAAGAUCACUCUUUGAUCUUGUGGAUAAGUGCUUGACAGUAAAUCCAAGACUAAGGAUUAGUGCAGAGGAAGCUCUUAGGCAUGAAUUCUUUGCCCCAUGCCAUGAGAGCCUCAGGAAACAGAGGAUGCUUAGACAGGGGCUCAGGUUGGAGUCGGGAGAUUCUCGAAGUGGCCAUCUUGAACAUGCAAAUAGUCAAGUCUCAUUAGACCUAUGAUGGUUUUUACAUGGUAAGGCUUUUCAAGCAUUUUUCAGAGGUUCAUUCUUCUAACUGAAAUGCUACUCGCUUCAGUGACAAAAUUGCCUUUCCCAUUUUUGUGGGUUAUGAAGCGAGCUUGGAACUUUAAUUACCCUUGGCCAUUACUCUGAAUCCUUUGCUUUUAAAUUACCUUUUUGUAUCAUUGAUCGAGUUUAUGUUAAGAUGUACAUGUGAUUGAUCCCCAUAAAGAUAAAUAGAUAAAUAUACUGCUUGGGUGCUGCAAA